UAUGCGUCCUAUCACAGACACAUCUCGUGGUCUUGAAUGCUCCAUUUAUCAAUAUAUUGAGAAGCAGCUUUAUUUCUGGCAGUUGCCAAUUGAGCUGAAAGUUGAAUAACUCAUAAAACAAAAUAGAAGAGAGAUCAUAAACAUGAAUAGUAUACACAUACUACUGAUAUUAGCUGGUAUGGUGGUUUUGUCCAAGAGCCAGAUGACAACAUCAACCACAAUGGCUCAGUGCAUAAAGUACACAACCCCAGAUAGCAUGAGAUCAAUCUGCCACAAUGGCAAUUCUCAGAUUCAGGAAAAGAUGCAGAGGAAAGAUGAAGAAAUAGCUGCGUUGAAAGAAGAUGCAGCUGCACUGAAGGAAAACAUAACUGCACACAUAGCUGCAUUGAAGGAAAACACAGCUGUAUUACAUGAAAAUGCACAAAAAGAAAAACUUGAAAUAGCUGCAAUGAAGGAAAAUGCACGCGAACAAGCACACAGAAUCGUUGAAUUAAUGGAAAAUUCACAAGAAGUUAUCGCUUAUUUGAGUGCAGAAAUCAAGAAUCUAACCUCAAACUGCAGCCAAGUCAAGAAGGGUGACCCUGGCCCUCCUGGUAUCAUUGGUAUGCCUGGUCAGAAAGGUAACACUGGUAUGCCUGGAUUAAAUGGAACACAUGGUGACAUUGGCCCUCGGGGUCCGAAAGGUGAUACUGGAUUGAUUGGAAUACCUGGCAUUAAAGGUGACAUUGGCCCUAGGGGUACGAAAGGUGAUACUGGAAUGACUGGAAUACCUGGUGAUAAGGGUGACAUUGGCCCUGGUGGUCCAAAAGGUAACAAUGGCCCUAGUGGUCCAAAAGGUAACAUUGGCCCUAGUGGUCCAAAAGGUAACAGUGGCCCAAGUGGUCCAAAAGGUAACAUUGGCCCAAUUGGAUCAAAAGGUGACAUUGGCCCUAUUGGUCCAAAAGGUAACAUUGGCCCUGGUGGUCCAAAAGGUGACAUUGGUCCUGGUGGUCCAAAAGGUAACAAUGGCCCUAGUGGUCCAAAAGGUAACACUGGCCCAAUUGGACCAAAAGGU